CGAGUCGCGAGUUGGUGGGCUCGCUCGGUGGUCUGUUCGCCAACGCCGCUUUCUCUCAAAGAACCGAACCGUAACGCCAUGUCGGACCGAGUGCCGAAGACGUUUGCGAGCAUGUGAAAUGUCCACCUAGCGAAGGAAGAUGUUCUCCUUUGGGAAGAAGUUGCUGAUCUUGUGGGUCGCCGGACUGCUUUGGUGCUCGCUGCUGGUCGAGUUUGCGUCGGGAGCGUCCUUUUAUGGCGACGGCUUUGUACAGCUGAAGGCAACAGAGUCGUCGGACCAUAAUAAGCUCCGCGUCCGCUUCCGAACUUCUAGUACCGAUGGCCUGCUGUUUCUCGCCGGCAGCCAGAGCGCCUACUUUCUGCUAGAACUCAAUGCCGCUCGCCUGCAGCUGAAACUGGACUUUGGAUCCGGGGAGCAAGUAUUGCAGUCUGACAGAGCCACGCAACUCAACGACCUCGCCUGGCAUUCGGUGGACAUCAUCCAUUUUAAGCGCAACGUCAAUCUGACAGUGGACAAAAACUCCCACACAAGCGCAAAGAUCCCGGGCUCUCAUCAUGUUCUCAACAUCUUAGAUGGUAUCUACGUGGGAGGUUCGGGUGGCCUUGACAGACUUUACCUCCCUAGAGACCAGACAAGCUUUCGAGGCUGCAUGGAGGACGUCAUCUUCAAUGAACACGACUUGCUGUCAUCCUUGAGGCCUUACACAGGAUUCAAGACUGUUCAUGAAGUAUCGCUAGGUUGUAGUCCCCAGUUUUUUGCCACCGAAGCGGACCCCGUUAGCUUCUUUAGCUCCAGAGCCUACAUUUCUCUUCCUCUUUUAAAUGGUCAGCAAGAAACUGUGUUCGAAUGUGCUGUACAUACCUCAGCCAGCGAGGGUAUAGUCCUCUAUUACUCUGCCAAAGAGGGCGACUUUGCGGCAUUGGAGAUUAAAGACGGCUCGCUGGUGGCUAUCGUCGGAAGAGGCGGGAGCAAAAUCGAGCUUCGUUCACUUACGUUUAUCAAUGACCGGAAAUGGCACGCUAUCAAGAUGCGCUUGAAUUCCAAAACGCUCGAGCUAACGGUCGAUGGAGAAAAUGUGAAAAGCAGCGUCGGCUCUCGAUCAAAGGGACUGCAGUUUAAAGGCUACGCUUUUAUAGGAGGCAUCGAUGACAGCACCAGAUCAGAAGUCCGAAAGGUCGGGUUGGUGUCUUUGUCAGGAAAACGAAUGCGUGGAGGCUCUUUCAAAGGAUGUAUGAAGAACAUCCAAGCGAACGGAGUGAAGGUGGGGCUCGUCAAUGCAAUCGUCACAAAGGAUAUCUCAGUUGGCUGCGAACCUGAGAAAGAACCAGCGUUAUUGACCACCGCGAGUCCAACAAAUGCCCUGGAAUCCCUGUUUUUCUUGGUAACUCCAACACCGUCUCUGCACAUGUCAACGCUUGCGAGGGGUUUGGACAGAAGGUACGGCUCCAAUUUUGUGAGGUUAAAACCCCUUACGGUUGAAGAAGGAGGUCGAGCGUCUCUUGACGCCAAACACAUCAAGAUACUCUUGGAUUUCAAGACGCUCGGUAUUCGUCAGUCUCAGAUCGUAUUCCAAAUUCAAGACCAGCCAAUACGCGGUCAGAUCAGGCUCGACGUGGAUCCGGACCAACCUCAGAAUACUUUCAGCAUGUUAGACCUUUGGCACGAACGAGUAAUGUACAUCCACGGAGGUUCCGAAGAUCCGGAUGACUUCUUCACGUUUUCGAUAUUUUCCAGCAGUCGGAAAGAAGUUCCGGAGUAUCUCAAAGGUGAGAAAUUGUAUCGCUUCAACAUUACAGUAACGCCAACCAAUGAUGCCCCUGAGUUGAGUCUCCCUGAGGGAAAUCUUUUUGUCUUGUUGGAAAACUCCAAAAAACGCCUCACCACAGAUGUUCUGAAGGCUACGGACAUCGACAGCAACUAUAGCAAUCUUGUUUUUACCGUGCUUGGGAACCUGAACGCAGACGCGGGGUAUUUAGAACUCGAGAACAACCCAGGAACGUCGGUGACCUCGUUCUUUCACUCAGACCUGCAAGAAUCGAGAGUGUAUUAUGUUCACACGGGCGUUAAAAACUCAAGGAUAGUCCUAAGAGUAAGUGACGGGGAGAAGGUUAGCAACACUGUGGUUUUAAGGGUAAUAGCUGUAGCGCUUGAGUAUAAAAUUGCCAACAACACAGGUCUGAAUAUUAGUCAAGGAGAGAUGGCUGUGAUUGGUUCCGAACAACUGUCUGUGGAAACUAACGCUGUGAAACAAUUGAUUGACAUCCGUUACGACGUCACUGAACAACCGCAGUACGGAGAGCUCCAGAGACUUCACUCAAGUGGCGAAUGGAGGCCUAUUGACUCGUUUUCUCAGAGGCUUCUAGAAAAAGGACGGUUGAGGUAUGUAAGCACAUACCACGAGAUACAGACAUCCAAUGUUUCUGAUCACUUCAAAUGUAAAGUUCACGUAGCUGCAAGGGCUACCACGGAAAUACUUUUCCCAAUCACCGUGCAAUGGGUGCAGUAUAAUUUGGUGAGGAACGUCGUUAUAAACUUGGAUAAAGCUAGGAAAGCAACACUAGACUCGGAGCAUCUGUUAGCUGUAGCAAAAGGUGUGAUUGUCCCCGAUGAAGACCUUUAUUUUCGGGUUCUCACCACACCAAAAAAAGGAAAACUGCUCCUGGACACUACUGUUUUGGCGAAGAACUCAACUUUUAGUCAAAGAGACGUCACAGAUCAAAAGGUCCACUAUGAACUAGUCGACCGGCCUCACGAAGACACGCACGACAGAUUCAAGUUCCACUUGUUUUCCAAACACGCUCAGUCCCAGAACUACGAUUUCCAGUUCGCGAUUAAAGCCGACGUCAACAAUGUUUUCAUCAGGCUUGCCGGACUGCUUCUACAAGAGGGGGAGAGUAAGCUGAUCACCAAAAAUGAGCUGUUCGCAGAAACCUUGCUCACUCAAGAUAUGUACUACACUGUGAUAAGCAGUCCUAAACAUGGAAAACUCGCUCGCAUUACUCAGUCAAAUUCAAACUCCAGCUAUGACAACAUCUUAACCUUCAGCAAUCAAGAUCUCCUAGAAGACCGGAUUCUGUACGUCCACGACGAUAGUGAAACCAUUCAAGAUGAAUUUACUUUCAUCGCCUCGACCACUAGAGGCUUCAAAUCUUUCGUCGCAGAGGACGAAAUUGGCUCCAAGGAAGGAACCUUUAACAUAUCUAUUCAACUCGUCAAUGAUCAGAAACCGGUACGGGUCAUUGAUAAAGUUUUCCACGUCGUAAGAGAGGGACAGAGAUUGCUCACCGUGGACGAUUUGCUUUACCACGACCCGGAUUCUGAUUUCGACGACGGCCAGUUGAUCUACAUCCGUCGCGGAAUCCCUUUGGGAGAUUUAGUCCUAGCAAACGACACCAGUCAUCGUCUGUUUGAGUUCCGCCAAAAGGAUUUAGAGGACAAGAAAGUGUUGUUUAUUCACAGAGGCGCAAGCGUUGGCAGGUUUGUGCUUUUUGUGUCCGAUGGCAAAAACUUUGUUUCGAGUCUUCUUGAUAUCAACGCCCAGGAACCUUUCUUGAAAGUUGCCAACAAUACUGGUUUAAUGGUGCAGAAAGGACAGUCUGUUUCCAUUUCCGCGAGCAAUUUUACCGUCACGUCUAAUCUGGACGUUCGAAGUGACGAAGAAGUCGCUAUUAAGUUGAACGACACGCCUAAGCACGGGAGACUUUACCGGGACGAAAUAGCGGUGGAGUCUUUCACGCUAUCUGAUCUCAAGAACGGAUUCAUCUCGUAUCGACACGAUGACAGUAAACAGCUGUCGGACCAUUUCGACUUGACGGUAACGGCUAAAGAUAUCAACCUUGUGGCGAGGAUCAAUGUGAAGGUUUACCUGGAGAGUCAUCAGAGGCCGCCCAUUUUGCAGCACCGCAACAAUCUCCUGGUAGAAGAAGGAAAACCAGUCAAGAUUGAUGAGACGAAACUUGAAGUGACUCAUGAAGACAACGUGCCAUCUGAGAUUGUGUUCACAGUCAAGGCCGGCCCCUAUCACGGCUUUCUAAGACAUUUUGUGGAACCGGACGAGCGUUACGUCGGAAGCGAGGAGUCUCCUGUCAAGACGUUUACACAAAAGGAUGUUAACAGCGGAAACAUCCAGUACGUGCAGGUGGAACCCGACAAAGUUAACGACACCUUCAUUCUGGAAGCCACCAAUGGAGUCACCGACGUCGGCGACAUUAGCAUAUUGAUUGAUAUCGUACCUCGCCUCAUCCCACUUCAGGUGUCCAAUUUCACAGUGGAUGAGGGCGGCUACAAGGCCCUGACGAUGGAAAUACUUGAAGUCAAAAACCGACAUUUUACUGGAAUCAACUUCCUUUUUAAUGUGACUGAGCCCCCAAAUCACGGGCACAUCGAGCACUCCCGACACCCCGGAGUGCCCUUGACGUCCUUCACCAGGAGGCAGGUGGAGCACGAAUUCAUCUACUACGUCCAUGACAGCAGCGAAACCUUAGAAGACAACUUUACAGUGGUUGCUAAUGACACAGGCCUGAGGAAACAAAGUGAUGCUCGCACAGUGUUCAUUCAAGUUACAGCUGUCAACGACGAGCCCCCUGUUAUUACUGCCAACAGGGUCCUGAGGGUAUGGGUGUCAUCAGUGACAGAGAUCAGCCUGGACGACUUGAGGGCGCAGGACCUCGACACGCCGCCGGAGGAACUCCACUUCUCGGUGACCCCGCCCAGCAAUGGUCACCUGGCCCUAAAGAGUGCCCCCAUGACAGCGGUGCUGAACUUCACCCAAGCCCACAUAGACCAGGGACAGCUGCUGUUUGUACACAAAGGUGCCAUGUCUGGAGGCUUAAACUUCCAAGUCAACGAUGGUGUGAACUAUACUCCCAGGCAAAUCUUCAGUAUCACCGCCAGAGCCUUGGUCCUCAACUUGCUGAAAAAUCGCCCGCUUAAAGUCUUUCCAGGGUCUUCAACGCCAGUUACAAAUGAGGACUUGCAAGUAAUGACCAAUGAUGUCAGCGGUACUUCUAAUCGCACAAUUACAUUUAGUGUAAUCCGACAUCCUAAAAUGGGACGCCUGGUGAGGAAGCUGUCUGAAAAUUCUUCAGUUGACAUAUCCUCGUUUACGCAAGAUAUGGUGGAUCGCAAAGAGGUGCUUUACAUCCAAACCCCUAUUGAGUCAGUGGGUUGGGAGGCCAUGGACUCGCUGACAUUCUCCGUCGCAUCACCGCCGUCGUCUCUGGAGAGUCAGACUUUCAAGAUUGAUAUCUCCUACGAGAAUACGGGACCUGAACAGAGAACAGUUCUUUUGGCUAACACAGGUGCCGAAGUGACAGAGGGAGAAAGCGUCAUUAUUGACAAGUCCAAGCUGGACGCCACGAACCUAAUGUCUAAGCUGCCGUUGCCUCAGCGGAGCGCCAACGAGGUCUGGUUUCAGGUGACGUCGCUUCCACGACACGGCGUCAUCGUCGUCGGUGAGAGAAACCUCACCGAGGAGAAACCCAAUUUCUCUCAAUUUAUCAUCAACAAAUACGGCAUCACGUACAAGCACGACAACUCCGAAACGACCCGCGAUUCGUUCGCCUUCAGUGCGUGGGUAAACCCGAAGGGCAAAACGGCUCAAAGGCCGGUAGACGACAUUGACGUCGUUGAGGAUUUUUUUAACAUUACCGUAGCUCCUGUGAACGAUCAACCGCCUGUCUUAAAGACGAAAGCGCCGAGUCUCACCGUGGUGCAAGGAGAUACAGUUGCCAUUAAGACAGAGAACCUCAAAGUGGAAGACAUGGACAAUCCACCCGAUGAUAUUGUCUUCUCUGUGAUUAGCAAGCCAAACGACGGUUACCUAGCUCUUAUCGGAAGACUGAACGAAUCGAUUAGCACCUUCACCCAAGCGCAGAUCAAUAACGGUAGUGUUUAUUUCAUCCAUGACGGUAGCCCUACCUCGGGGGUGUUUUACUUCAGUGUCACGGAUGGCCACCAUAAGCCAAUUUACAAACUUUUCAACCUCGAUGUGACAAAGUUCACCAUCUCUCUGGUUAACCACACAGGAUUGACGCUUGAGCAAGGCAGUACUGCGGUUUGGCUGAAUCAAGACAACCUCUCUGCCAAGACGAACGGCAGGAACACCACGAUUCACUACCAGGUUACCAGACCUCCAAAAUUUGGAAAACUCUUACUCAACAACCAAGAGGUGUCACAGUUUGAACAAAACGACAUACAGAAUGGACAUCUAGCUUACCACAUGACCAAUCUUUCGUCGCCGGAAGACAGUUUCGAGUUCAGCGCCUUCACUUCCGAAGCUGAUCUAAAGGCACAAGUGUUAAACAUCACUGUCAGUCCUUUGAUCCAAUUUGGCAAAAGCGUAAGGAUGCCCAGUGGAAUUUCUGUCAAAUUGACCUCUGCAUCCCUCGACGCUUCCAAACUAGCCGAUAUUUGCAGUUGCGACCCUGUAUUCGAAAUUAUCUCCCAUCCCGUUUACGGGAAAGCUGUUCGGCCUAAGGCUAAAAAGUGGCGGAAAUCAGAACCGGUGGAGUCCUUCACGUUCCUGGAUGUUACUCAAGAAAAGAUCGCCUUGGAGUUGAAAGCCAACAUGACAGGAGUUGAAGAAUUAAAUGACUCUCUGGUAUUUUUCCUGAAAGCUGAUAGCAUCCAACCUGCUAGAGGGGAGUUCCAUUUUACCAUAGUGCCGUUGGCUGAAAAAAAUCCCUUGGCGACAACAUUAUCUCCCUCUCAGACAACAAUCCAGACUUCUGGAAAUGGAACUUCUUCACCAGAACGUUCCACAGCUGUUGUUCACACCCAGCAACCAAGUAAAAACCAACAGCGCUUCAAAGGACGCAACCGCUGGGGGAAGUCCAACAGAACAAGCAUUUUCAGCACGACUCUCGGCAAACCCACGGCAGGAACCGAUUACUUCCCCUUUUUGAACACCCCAGUCCGUGUGGAAUCCUACCCGCAAAAAAGCUCCAGCCCUCUUCUGGUGAUCUUACCGCUGCUCGCCCUGCUGCUCCUGGUGAUCAUUUUCGUGGUGCUCGUCGUUUUUCUUCGACACCACCGGCGACGGAAGCAACGAACGCCGAAGGAGGCGCCUCCCGCCGGUUUUCCAGACGGUUAUUCGUACCAGGGUCAGACUCAGAGGAGCGCCACCGUUCCCACGGUCACCGUUACCCCGUUAAACCCCACCAGCACAGGCAGCCCCGCUCUCAGUCACUUACUGGUACGGAAUCAGCAGUCAUACAACUACAACGGUGUCGAUUCAAACAUUCUUAUAAGCUCUUGGAGUAGCGAUUCUCCAACUACGUCCUUGCGGAUGAUACAAACUCCCACUCCUUCUCUUCAGAGGAAUCAGUAUUGGGUUUGAACGCAAAACUGUUGGAGAGAACUGUCCAAAACGUCUUGAAAGUUGAAGCUUCGGUAGAAACCCAAGAUUGUUCAUGAGUAGAGGUCGACCGAUAGGGGAUUUUCAAAGACUGAUACCGAUUUCAAAUAUUUUUUGGGUUACAAUUUAUUUGAAAUCUGUGUCAUAAUGAUGGCGUGACACCUGUUGUGAAUAUGAAUGAGGGCUUACGACGAGGGCCGCAGCUAUCGAAUUUUUAAGUACCAUAUUUUCCGCACUGUAGGUUGCAACUAAAAGCCUUCAAUUUUCUCGAAAGCAGUAACAGUGAACAUAGGGUUUUCCUAGUAUACCUGCUAUUUAUUGGCUGUUAUUGUUAGGUUUUGUGUUGGUUUGCGAGCAGCAAACUUGACAGAAUGACGCAACAAGGAGUGAAAAGAAACUGGGAGCUUAUAUACACACACACAGACAAGGGGUAACGACACAACGAGGAACAGGUGAGCACAGGAGGAUGCAGGUUGGAGGAUAGACUAGGAGGGACAGCAGGUGAAAUCAAUGGGCAAUCACAGUGACAAGUCACACUCAGAGAAAACCAACACAAAACCUAACAGUUAUCGGCCAAUCUUAAAAAAAAAAAAAAAAAAAAAAAAAAGCAAA